GUGAAUUUGCAGCCCUGCGUCGAGUGUGACGUCGCUCGGAACCGUCGGAUGAACGCGGGCUGAUGCAUAGACUCGAUGGCUCUCGCCUGGGCGGGAUUUCUUAUACAUAUAUCUUCUUUCGCAGCGUCUGCAGGCACCGCAUGCCCACUUUGCGAAAGAGGCGGAUGACCAUCAUCUGCCUGCACAGGGCUCGUCUCCCGCGAGCGAGCUUGCCCUACCCCGCCGACAACGCGCGUUCGAGAGAAGUCGGUGGCCGAGCUCCCCAUCGCUCGAUCGCUCGCUCGCUCGCUCGAUUGCCAUGCCGAGAGAAGCAACGCAUUCGAUCGCUCGCCUCCGUGGAAACUCGACAUUCUUCGAGCUGCAAGCACUUCAUCGACUCAAUCAGUAGGCACAUCGACCGCCCGAGGCACUCCGACGCUCUUCGCUCGUCGCUCGAUCUGCCCACCCAUUCCCUCACGCGGUCCUAGUUCUCGUACCCGAGGGCACUCCCGCCUGCAUACUCCGCAGCAGCAGGUGCGCUGGGUCGCAGAAGACUUUCGCCCUGCUGCCCCGAUGGUGCGGUAGUUCUGAGCGUCGUUAAUCUCGUAGACUAGCUCGGCUCGACCAUCGCAUGUCGGGUGACCAAAAGCGGUGCUGGUGGCUUUAAAAAGUUGUCUGCAGGCCUGAAUCCAGAGAAAGCAGGUAACUGGCAGUGAAAUUGAAGGGCUGCAGCUCACCGAGACCCGAGCACUCAGCGGCGAAGUGAAGUGAAGCUCAAGAUUUAGACGAACAGUAGCGAGCGUUGCGGUGCCUUUCUUAUCUCCAGCCGGCAUGGGGAUCGUGCCGACUCGAGAAUCUGACGAGGUGAACACUGUGGUGGCACGGACGCCCAGCGGGAGUCAGUCCGUAUAUUAAAAAGAAUAAGAAGAAGUGUCCAGUGGGACUCGAGAGCUCUGAGACUGUCAUUUAAUUCUCCGAGCCACCGGUUUUCGGCACGAGUGCCAUGGCGGAUCCACACAGAUUUGAUCCGACGUGCGAUCGUGUUUAUGCCCUCAUGCGUGACCACCAUCCGAAAAGCCUAUGACACCGGCGAUGGUCGCCACCAGCAGCAGCGGCAGUAGCAGCAGCAGCGGGAGGCGUCACAACUGCGGGAUCCGAGAACUUCAACGAUCCUACCACUCAAGAUAUAUCAGAAUUAAUUAUCAGAAUGAGUUUUGGCUGUGCCUCUGUUCAUCUCUUCAGCGGAUCGAGUCGUCCGAGCUGUCGGCUCGAAAUUCUAAUCCACUCACCCACUCUUCGGUCCAGAUUCUCAAACCUUCCAGCCCGCCGCCCCAGGCCCUCCCCCACUACCUCCUCUCCCUCUGAUCCAACAUCCUGUCGUGAGGCCAUCCCCUUGGGAAUCCAAACGCAGCGCGGCCAUCACGAACGGACUUUCGUCUUCCCGUUGGAGGCGACUAGCGGUUGCUCAACUUUGCAGAAUGUCGAGAAAGAACAGCACUCCGCUGGGAGCAGAUGCCACGUCAAUUUGGCUCCUGCUUCUGAUAUUCUCAGCCUCGGUAUCAGAUUCAAUCGGAGAGGACUUAUUGGGUGUCUGCUAUGGAGAACUAGGACAGGAUCUGCCACCAAUCAGUACUACCAUCAAAUUGCUCAAGGAGCUGCAUGCAGAUGCUGUGCGUCUGUAUGACGCUAAUCCUUCAGUUCUUACUGCUCUGAGAGGUACUGGAAUUGGAGUCAUCGUUUCUGUGCUAGACUCCGAACUUCAGGACUUUGCACAGAACCCCACCACUGCAGUAUUAUGGGUGCAGAAAUAUGUAUCCCCAUUCUAUCCGAGUACGAGAAUCACCUAUAUAGCUGUUGGCAACGAGAUUCUGUCUCCGGGUACUGUCGAUGAGUAUGGACCACAUCUUGUUCCAGCCAUGUGGAACCUGUACCACGCUUUGGCCGGUCGCAGACUGCAGGAUCAUAUCAAAGUAGUCGCACCAGUAAGCGGAGACAUUCUUGGAACCUCAUGGCCUCCAUCAAAGGGUGCUUUUAGUCAACUAAACUACAUACAUCCUCUGCUGCGGUUCCUUGAGUACACGAAGUCGAAAUUCUUCAUAAAUGUAUAUCCAUACUACGCACACAGGAUGAAUCCGGUACAGGUUCCUUUGGAUUAUGCCGUUUUCUUAAAGACGGAGCCAGAAUUCAAGGACCCGAUUACGGGUUUGCCAUACUACAACCUCUUUGAUGCCAUGAUUGAUGCCACCUAUAGCGCCAUGCUCGACAUCGGCAUAACGAAAGUGGGAGUGGCUGUGGGCGAGACAGGAUGGCCCACAGCUGGGGGAUAUGCUGCUUCCGCGCGGACUGCGAAGCUCUAUAUCAGGAAUUUGAUUCAACACGUACAGAGGGGUGGCACUCCGAAUCGACCGAAGGAAAGAGUCCCGGUGUUUCUAUUUUCUCUUUACAAUGAGAACGAGAAAAUUGGCCCAGACACCGAGAAGAACUGGGGUAUAUUCUACCCCAAUGCCACCAAGGUUUACGAUGUUGAUCUCGACCCUGUCACCUCAGACCUCUAGUCCAAUCUAGUACAAGUCGUGCUUCUCGGAGCGCUUCUUGAUGCAGGCGAAAAACUUUCUACUCUUCAGCAAAUUUGUGCCUACAACUGCGAGUACAUCGCAACACAUGACGAACGGGGUUUAUGUAUCAUGGAUCACACGAGGAACACGUAUUACACAGACGGCUUUGUGCUUCUCAAAAGCCAUCCAUGAACUGCACUUGCUCCCGAUCACUGAGUUAGCAAGAUGGAAUCUCCUUGCCCUUGUUCUGGAGUGUGUAUCUCCACAGCAACAUACUCCGCCGGCCUACAUCGAUCAGUCAUUACUUCAAACGAUUUAUGUCUACCAGGUCAACUCGAAUUUCGAGCACUUUCUUACGUAGCAGGCCGCCUGGUCAAGAUGCUGAGAACGUACGAAGUCAAUUUUGACCGCGUUAGCUUAUUCGAAUUGUCUGAAAAAUGCGACCUGCGAAAUUGGUCUGAACUACUACGUCCAAUAUUCUAGAAUGUCGUCGAUGCUAGCUGUCCAGACCGAAUAUUGUCUUCUGAGACAAAACGAUGUGGUUCUCCCAGGAAUGGUUGUACCAAUCGGCACUAGUUAAUCCCCUUAGAAACACUUAGCAUGCCACUGUUCGAGGUUAUCGAGGACUGGCAUUUGCUGUCGGCCACCAUCCAUCAGAGCCUGCAGCUGAUAAGCGUUUGCUUUCAGCUGGAGGCGAUGAUAAUUGACUAGCAGCAGCAUGUGCGUGCAGUCCCUGUUCUCACCUUGAUAAUAAAAUAUGAAUCCGUGAUUACG